AUGAUUUCACGGCUCGUACAAGCAGCCGUUUCCUUCACACAACACCAACCACAUAAAUCAGGCAAUCCGGUUCACCUCUGGUUCAGCCUGUGCGGGAUUCGCCAGCCAUCAGUGCAAAAUUCGCCAGCUAUGGCGUCCGCCGUGCGGCUGUUGCGACAUCGCUCUCGCGAAGCAGACUCCGCAAUUCACCGAUUAACUUGUAACUACACGUCUGCUCGUGCCUAUGCCACAGACUCCAUACCCCCGUUCCCCCACAGGCGCCGUUCGUCCCCCGCGUCAUCAGCGAUCCGCGCAGCAUGUUCUCUUGCACCCGCCCCGCGCGCCGAUCCUUCCGCCUCUUCCGCCUCUUCCGCUCCUCCUCCCCCGCGUCCGCUUCUUCCGCCUUCGUCGUCUCCGCAAUUCCCCCAGCAUUUCCACAACUCCGCUAUGUCUGCUUUCGCGGAAGAUCCGCGGAGAGCGCAGUUUCUGGGCAACACGCGGGGAACGGGGGGAGGUGGGGGAAAUGGAAAAAGCGGAGGGUCGAGGGGAGAGCGCUGGUGGAACCGCCGCGGAGGGGAGUGGGCGGGCGCAGGCGGAGCAAUUUUUGCUGGGGUGGCGGCAGUGGGGGUAGCUUGGGGGGAGGCGCGGAGCAGCAAAGAGGGAAGGGCAGAGGAGAAAGGGAAGAGAGGGGAAGGAGGAGGAGUAGGGGAAGAGGGGGAGGAGGAGGAAGGGGAGUUGGUUUCAAAUUGGAGUGGUACGCAUGAGGUUCGGGCCGCUGUGGUGUACCGACCCGAGUCCAUGCAGGAUUUGGAACGGAUAGUUCGAGCAGCCCACAGGGAGGGUCGCACCAUCCGCCCUGUGGGCAGCGCCAUCUCCCCCAACGGCAUUGCUCUGAGCGCCCACGGCAUGGUGAAUCUGGCCUUAAUGGACCGAGUGCUGCAUGUGGAUAAGGCCACGGGGAGGGUGCGCGUGCAGGCAGGGGCGCGCGUGGAACAGGUGGUGGAAGCACUGAGGCCGCAUGGAUUGACGCUGCAGAACUAUGCUUCAGUGCGGGAGCAGCAGAUCGGCGGGUUCAUACAGGUGGGAGCACAUGGCACAGGGGCCGGCAUUCCCCCAGUGGACGAGCAGGUGGUGGCCAUUAAGCUCGUGACACCUGGCAAGGGCACGCUGCAUCUGACGCCCGAAGCUGACCCGGACCUGUUUUACCUGGCUCGGUGCGGGCUCGGAGCGCUGGGGGUGGUGGGGGAGGUGGAGUUACAGGCAGUGCCGGCUCACAGACUAAGGGAGGAAACGUUUGUUACUACUAAGGAGGAGAUCAAGAGGCAUCAUGGCCAGUGGUUGCGGGACUACCAGCACGUGCGCUACAUGUGGAUUCCACACACACAGGCAGUCGUGGUGGUCAGGAGCAACCCUGUCGCUAACACCGCCACCAGUGCGGGAUCAGCAGUGCAGGGCAAGGGACCUGACAGUGGGCCGGCGUUGAGCGAGGGUGAGAAGCUGGCUCACGUGCGGGCGCUGUACCUCGCAUCGGUUGCUGCAAGGAGAAGCUCCAAACCUUCUCGGUCCCAACCCCACCAACCUUCCUCCUCCCCCUCCUCUGCCCCAUCCUCCUCGCCCUCCCCCGGACAUACGUCUACCACCGAGGCAGCUGCUGGCAUGUGGUCCGGCACAGGUUCGGUCGAACCUGCACCUCCGAGCCAGCGCUUCCUGACCGAAGCUGAGCUUGGGGAGCUGUCGUUCACGAGGCUGAGGGACGAGCUGCUGGCGCUUGAUCCAUUGAAUCUGGACCACGUGCGGGCGAUCAACCAGGCCGAGGCGUUGUACUGGAAGCUGAGUGAAGGGGAGAGAGAAGGGUGGAGUGACCAGAUACUGGGCUUUGACUGUGGUGGGCAGCAGUGGGUAUCAGAAAUAUGCUUCAAGGCAGGCAGCAGCAGCAGCAGCAGCAGCAGCAGCAGCACCACCACCACCACCACCAACAGCACCGCCAUCAGCAGCAGCAGCGGCAGCAGCAGCAGCACAGCAGACAUAGCGUUCAUGGAGGAGUUAUUGGCGUUGAUCGAAUCAGAGGGUAUCCCCGCCCCGGCUCCCAUAGAGCAGCGCUGGACCAGUGGCAGCCGCAGCCCGAUGAGCCCCACUGCUGGUGCUUAUAACGCUGCUGCAGGUUCGGCAGCAGGUUCAGCGGCAGAUGGAAGAGCGCUGGAUGAUGUUUACUCAUGGGUUGGCAUUAUCAUGUAUCUGCCGUCCAAUGACCCCGACCAGCGGGCAGCCAUCACCAAACAUUUCCUCGACUACAAGUUUUUGACUGCCCGCAGGCUCUGGGACAAAUACGGAGCACAUGAGCACUGGGCAAAGAUUGAG